GCAAAAACCAUUAGAUAGACAUGAUCCAACCAAACAACAAAAACUUUGAUGCCCCUCUAUAAAUAGGACUCUUAAUUUUACAUUUACAACAGCAAAACAAUCCACUUAAUUUCAUCAACAAUGGAGUUCUGGUGGACAAGUACCGGAAGAACUCAUCAAGUACAUGCUGAGAGAAAAACAAUAUUUAUUCUGAUACUUGGAUUACUGAGUUUUUGUUUAUUAAGAGGCGUUGAUUGCCAUCGAAGAAAAGUAAAAGUUUCACAUUCAUUUGAUAUUCAAUACUCAGCCAUUAGUUGUAGAGAGCACACAGCUUUUUUAACAGAUUUCGGAGGAGUAGGCGAUGGAAAAACAUCCAAUACCAAAGCUUUUCAAUCAGCCAUUAAUCAUCUUAGUCAGUUCCAAUCUCAAGGUGGAUCUCAACUUAUUGUUCCUCCUGGUAGAUAUUUGACUGGAAGUUUCAACUUAACCAGUCAUUUCACACUUUACCUUCACAAGGAGGCUGUUCUUCUUGCUUCUCAGGAAGUGAGCGAAUGGGAAGUGAUUGAACCAUUGCCCUCCUAUGGUAGAGGAAGAGAUGCAGAUGGUGGAAGGUAUAUCAGUCUGAUCUUUGGGACAAACCUUACUGAUGUUAUAAUUACAGGAGCCAACGGAACAAUCGAUGGUCAGGGUGCCUCAUGGUGGAAAGAAUUCAAGAAUAAUAAGCUCAAGUAUACCAGGCCAUAUUUGAUUGAAAUAAUGUUCUCUGAUCAGAUUCAGAUUUCCAACAUUACAUUAUUAAAUUCUCCUUCGUGGAAUGUUCAUCCUGUUUAUAGCAGCAACAUUCUCAUACAAGGGCUUACUAUUCUUGCUCCAAUAGUUCCAAUAUCUCCAAAUACCGAUGGGAUAAAUCCAGAUUCUUGUACAAAUGUACGUAUCGAGGACUGUUACAUUGUCUCUGGAGACGAUUGCAUCGCGGUAAAAAGCGGUUGGGACGAAUAUGGCAUUGCAUUUGGAAUGCCAACUCAACAUUUAAUAAUAAGAAGACUGACUUGUAUUUCUCCUGAUAGUGCUGUAAUUGCAUUAGGAAGUGAAAUGUCUGGAGGAAUUCAAGACGUUAGGGCUGAAGACAUCCUAGCUAUCAAUUCUGAAUCAGGAAUUCGUAUUAAAACUGCGGUUGGUCGUGGUGGGUUUGUUAAGGACAUAUUUGUUAGAAGAAUGACUAUGAAAACUAUGAAGUGGGCAUUUUGGAUGACAGGGAAUUAUGGGUCUCAUGCGGAUGAUAAAUAUGACAAAAAUGCUCUUCCUGUGAUCAAUGGGAUCAAUUACAGUGACAUGGUAGCUGAUAAUGUGACUAUGGCAGCACGAUUGGAAGGAAUAGAUGGAGAUCCUUUCACAGGUAUAUGUAUUUCGAAUGUUACCAUUAGUAUGGCUGCAAAAGCAAAGAAAGUUCCCUGGACUUGCACUGAUGUUGAGGGGUUAACGAGCAGUGUUAGUCCUACAGCGUGCAAUUUGUUACCUGAACAAGUUACAAAUUGUCCCUUUCCUACCGACGUCUUGCCAAUUGAUACAAUUGAAAUUAAGACGUGUUCUUGCAGAACUAAUUACUUUAUUUGAGGUUGAUGAUGUAUGUUUUGAUGUUCUUCAGUAUAAAUUUGUGAUGGCAUCAAUUCCGACCUUGAGUAUUUUUGCAAUGUAAAAACCCUUAUAUAGUUAACCAUAUCAAAUAAGAACCUCACCUGGGAAAUGAUUUUAUAUAUACUUCGUAGUUUGGUUUCUUA